GAAAAGUAAGGAUAUUAAAAUGUAAAUCACGGGGGAGGAAAGAACAAAUCAAACACGGGAUGUACACCGAUUCUACAGAGAUACGGUCCGAAAUCAUAAUAAUUUAUAAUGAUUUUAUGUAGCCAGCCAAGCACCACAAUUGUCAUUUUACGUCAAAUUAGCCCCACAUGGUGUCGAUUUCCGGUCGUAAUAAAAUUCCUGGUUCCCACUUCCGACCGCAAGACCUUUCUAUUUUUACCUGUCAAUUAUUAUCAUUAUACUUAAUGAGGUCGACGUGACUGACGACUAGUACCGCUUCCUCCUUCAUAAUAUUGGUAUUUGCCAGCUGCUCUUUUAUUUUAAUACCCAUAGUGACCCAGUGUGGGCGUUUUAUGAAUCAGUCAAAAGUCGACUUUUUUUUUUUGUUUUUGUUCGUUCGUCUUUUUGACUUUCCAUCAUCCGGGUGUUAUCAUGGAUAUAAUUGUACUUGGCCUGAUUACAUAUAUUGUACUUAUAAGAUGCAGUUGUAUAUGUGCUUCUCAUUUAAAACGUGCUAAUUAGAAAUGAUGGGAACGAUGAACUGAUAUAUAUAUCCAGACAUAUGCAUGCAUGCAUGCAGCCGCUUUAAAUCUGAUUCAUGCAUGCUUAAUUAGUGUGUUAAUUACUAGGGUAGUAGUCGGCUGCUCUAUUAGGUGAGUAAAAAGAGAAAAGCAUGGAGAACAUAAUUUGAUUUUAAAAGCAUCUUUUUGUUAUGGCUGUAUUUUUGAGUCAUGCCGGUCGUCAUUCAGAACUUUUUCGCGGUGAUCGUUGUUGAUGAACUCGUUUUUUUUCUUAUUUCGUUUUGAACUAAAUUCUUUUCAUCCAACAACAAUGUAAUGCUAAGUGAGACCAGAAAGAAAAAGGAAAUGGAUCGAUGGAUCUCUCAACUUGAGAAAGUUGCAAAAAACAUCCAUCUUUUUUUUCGAGAUGUGGGCGAGCUGAUGAGAGCUGACUGACUGACUUCCUCAUCACCUUCACAUGCACCACAUAUGUACAAACUCCCUCCGACGUCCGCAUCCAUCCAUUUCACAAAAACCAUUUGACGUUCGUGUCUCUCUCUCUCUCUCUCUCUCUCUCUCUAGAAAGUAUGUACGCAACCAGAGCAAGAUAAGUAAGUAGCGGCAGCCAUCGGAAGCGGACAGAAACUGCCACCUCAUGCAUAUAUACCGCACACAAUUGCACAAAACGGGUAAGAAAGAAGGUCAAGCGGCCCAAUCAAAACCACAACAAUGAAACUACACGUGACUGAACUCGGUCGGUAGCAGCAGCAGCAGCAGCAAGACAUGCACGCAUUUCCACAGCACACUCUUAUUCGAGAUCGUCACUUACAGGUAAAAGCGCCCUCAUCACGUGUUCUUCAUGCCCUAAUCCCUCCUUAGUGAUGGAUGAUGAUGUACUCCAUUCUUUCCAUUUCUAGACAUUUGUAAUCUGAUUGUUAGUGACGGAGUCUCAAAUCUAGACAAGAGGUUGAUUUUUUUUUUGUUUUUAACAGGAAAACGAGAGGUUGAUUUGAAUUAUCAUAAUUGAGGAAGGGAGUUAAAAACAAUAUCGACUGUUUUAAUUUCAAAAUUUGUACAUAAUUCUCUUGUGGUUUUACCUACACUUCAAAAUUGAGGGCGGUUACAGUCGGUGAUGGAGCUAGCUUGGUAUAUAUAGGGUGGGUCCCAAAAUCUACCUUGGCUCGGGAUUAAGAAACAAAAAUAACAAUAUUUGGUCUGAUUCACAAGAUUAAAGCUUGGUUUGGUAUUUAUCGUAAGGAAAAUGAAAACUUCGACAAGAUAAGCAACAACAAAAAAAAAAGACAAAGCGGGCAACAAUUUAAAUCGUUCGGAUUAACUUCAGACUAACAGUUCCCCCACCCCCUCCCCGGCCAUGCUGGUUUCGUAGUUGUUGGCGGCCUCUUAAGAGACCAUCUUGGCAGGUGCGCACAUGGGACCUUCAUCUGCAACUUGGCCAUGUGUUCAAUCACAAGGGCAGAGCUGAAAGCUGUCGCCAAAGGAUUCCGCAUUGGUUGGGAAAGAGGGUACAUAAAAAUGAAGCUGAAGUUAGAUUCCACACAACUGCCAUUAACCUCAUCAAGAAAUCCAAUGAGAUCAACCACCGCCAUGGUUUGCUGGUGCAACAAAUUGGCUUACUUCUUAGUUAUGAUUGGGAGGUUGCGAUAUCCCAUGUCCUUAGAGAGUGUAAUCUUGCAGUCGAUUUCUUGACUUAUAUAGGAUCAUACCUCUCAUCUUGACACACAUUUGUUCAACGUGUGCGACCCAAAACUUAGAUACUCGCUCGUGUAUAAUGUCAUGAAUACCUCUCAUGACUGUUCUAUUAAUACGACUUAAUUAGAUUGCUCUAUCAUCUAGAAAAAAAAAAGUAGGAAACAAUAAUACAUUUCCUUCCUCAAUUCACCGAGAUAUACCUCCUCCUUAUUCUUAUCUGAUCUAUUGCCCUUACAUACUGAUUGAUAGUCCCUUCGACCAUUACGUGGUUGGGACAACUCCAAUGGUACUAAUAACAUUUGAAACCAUUGAGAGAUAGAGAAAUACAUUUGAAUUUUUAGUUAGACGAAUACUACUAGUACCAAAUCACGACCGAGUUAGCAUUUUUUUUUUUUGUAACAUUUGAUUUGGUCUCCUCUACCAGAAUAGAAAGACCGAAAUAAUAAUAUAUUUUCUAUUUUCCAUCCAUGAAUGUAUAAACAAAAUAUAUAAAUAAAGCAUAAAGACAGUUUUUUUUCCAUUUUGUCGACUGUUCCUCUCCAUAUAAAUUAUUGACAAAAUUGAUUGAUGGAUGUUCAAGUAUCAACCGUCGACAACCAGCCACUAGCUAGCUAAGCAUUCCCCACCACCAUUCAGUUACAAUAUUAAUUUAUUUAAAUCAAAUACAAAAAACAAAGAACACAAGGCGAAAUUACCAAUUAAUUAUUCAAACAAAAUCCCCAUAAUCCAAUUUUCCACACCUAUAAAAACAGGUGAUGAGAAUUGAGAAAUUGAAAUUCCCAAUUGUCUCCACUUCUCCCUCCACACAACAAAAACCAAUCCCUUCUCUCUCUCUCUCAUCGCCGCCAUGGAGUUCGCCGCCGCCUUCGCCCUCCUCUUCUUCAGCUUCACCGCCGCCUUCACCUCCUUCUCCCUCCUCCUCUUCGCCGUCUGCCGCCUCGUCACCCGCUUCUGCUGCGACUGCCACGUCUGCUCCACCUACCUCUCCGCCACGUGGCGCCCCAGCUUCCCCAACCUCUCCGACUGGUUCGCCCACCUCCUCUCCGCCUCCGCCACAUCAACCAUCCGCGUCCACGUCACCCGCAACGUCAUCACCGCCAGCCCCGCCAACGUCCACCACAUCCUCAAGUCCAACUUCCCCAACUACCCGAAAGGCAAGCAGUUCUCCGCCCUCCUCGGCGACCUCCUCGGCCGGGGAAUCUUCAACGCCGACGGCCACCGCUGGCUCUUCCAGCGCAAGAUGGCGUCGCUCGAGCUCGGCAGCGUCUCCGUCCGCGUCUUCGCCUCCGACGUUUUCAAUUCCGAGAUUGAAUCCCGCCUCAUUCCACUACUCUCCGCCGCCGCCGGCGGCGAGCUCGACAUGCAGGAUAUUUACCGGCGGUUUACGUUCGACACGAUAUCGAGAUUCUCCUUCGGGUACGACCCCGGGUGCCUCGAGAUUUCCUUGCCGGAGUCGGAGUUCGCGGCGGCGUUCGACGCCGCGUCGAGGCUGUCGGCGGAGAGGGCGAUGGCGGCUUCGCCGGUGGUGUGGCGGGUCAAGCGGUUUUUACGGGUCGGAUCGGAGCGGCGGCUGAGGGAUGCGAUCCGGACGGUGGACAGGCUGUCUCAGGAAGUGAUCGACCGUCGCCGCCAGACGGGGUUCGCCGGGAAAAGCGAUCUUUUGUCUCGGUUCAUGGCCGCCGGAGUCGAAGACUCCGGCGGCCGCGACGACGGCUACCUCCGCGACAUUGUGAAGAGCUUCCUCCUGGCCGGACGGGACACGGUGGCGUCCGGGCUGACGAGCUUCUUCUGGCUGACGUCACGGAAUCCUUCCGUGGAGGCGAAAAUAAGAUCGGAAGCGGAGGAGGUUCUCGGCCGCCAUCACAACGACGCCGUUCCGUCGUUUGCGGAGAUGACGGAAAUGCACUACCUGACGUCAGCGGUCUACGAGACGCUUCGGCUCUUCCCGCCAGUUCAGUUCGACUCGAAGUUCGCUUUAAACGACGACGUUUUGCCCGACGGGACGAUAGUGAGGAAGGGGGACCGGGUGACGUACCACCCGUACGCGAUGGGCCGGAUGGAGUCCAUAUGGGGACCCGACUGCCUGGAAUUCCGACCCGAGCGGUGGCUAAACGACGACGGGUUGUUCGUGCCGCGGAGUCCGUACGAGUACCCGGUCUUCCAGGGCGGGUCGAGGGUCUGCCUGGGGAAGGAGAUGGCGAUCGUGGAGAUGAAGACCGUGAUUCUGGCCGUGAUCCGGCGGUUCAAUGUCCGGGUGGCGGAUCCGGGUCACGAACCGAGGUUUUCGCCCGGUCUGACCGCUACGGUCAGUGGUGGGCUGCGGAUGGUGGUCGAGGAGGUCAAGAGAUAAGCAUGGUUGAUGACGUGGAGGUGCCACGUAGGUGUAGGCUUGUGUGUUAGGGGGAACACCAGACUUGUAGACUGCUGACGAAUGUUGACGUGAAAUAGAGCUAAUGACUUCAUUGCCAAAUGUGUUGGUGCUAUGAUGUGUUAAUUUCUUGUCAAAAUUUCGCGAGGAAUUAAAAAUCGUGAUGUCGCAAAUUUGUCUCGAUCCAUUCUUCUUAUUCUUUCAGUCUCGCGCGUAACUUUAUGACUCAAAUCAGAUGACAUAGAAGCGUAAGCAUGAUGUAAAGUGCCACAUUCAGUAAGAUAGUCGAAAAUCAUACGGUUGUGUUCUUUAACGAGAGGGUUGUUAUUUGGCCAAACCACGCUUUUAUCUAUAUAUUUAUAAAUACGAUCUCUUGUACAUUUGUGUUCUUUAAAGAGGGAUAGAGAAGUGAGUGGUUGAUUUGCAAUUUAUUUCGACCUACCCACCAAUAAUUUGAACCCCUCUAUAGAUGGACCGAUAGCUAAUAUUGAGAUGUUGGAUUAUGUGUAGGGUAAAUUUCCUAUCAUACUUAUCCGGGAAGGUGAUGGAUGGGUUGCGAGUCACCCGAAUGACCCACGUCACUCUAACAUAACAAAUAAUUGGAUUUUUUUAUAUCAUUGUAAGGUUAUCAUCUUAUUUUUUUAAUUGUAUCACACGCUAACCAUCCAAUUCUACCAAGCAAACUCAUCCAACCUAACCAAAGGAGAAAUGAGAUGAAUAAUGAGUGUACCAAUUUUAAGUUAAACGUAGUAUGUAUCAGUUUAUCCCAACCCAUCCAAAAAUUCCAAACCCGAGCCUAUUUUAAGAAAGUUGCUGGACUCUAAUUAUUUCUGCCUCUUGUAAGUUGUAACGUGAUACAGUAGAUUUCCCAUAAUAAGCUGCACGAUAAUAAAUUGGAUUGCAGUAAUUAGGUGAGAGUUUUUAAUUGUUUACGGGGUCGAUUAAAUGGAACUUUUGCUAAUUAAGAACAAUAUUCGAUUUCUCUCUGCGCAGUGUACUGCUUGUCGUUUUGCUUAAUAAAAGGAAUCUGGCAUCUUCCGUUAAUAAAUUUUAUCAAACAAAUAUAAACUAGUUAAUUAGCAUAAUUACUUGCAACCACACAUUGAAUGUGUUCAACAAUCAAUCUCCGAUAAUAAGAUUGGCAGCGAUCGGCCAACCGAUCAAGUUGAUAAUAACAUAGGAAACAUGGUGAUGCAUGUCUCGUCAAAACAUUUCCGAUCAACAUUUUUCUUCUAAAGUACCAAAGAUUCCCACUCGGUUUAUUUAACGAUUAAGUCAUUCUCAAAAGUAAUUUGUAUGCGAUCGUACGUCUAAUCAAUAUUGUCAGUAGGUAGUCCACCUCACCUCCUCUCAUUUACAUCUCUAUUAUAAAAAUAAAAAAAAUACGUUGGACGUUUCGAAUUAGACAUUAGUGACGGCGAAUUAGAAACAUGCUUCUCAUGUUACACAUUAAUUGCAUAAGAAAAUUAAUCAUCUUCUUCUCUAUACCAUCAGAAAGCAGUUCUAGGGCGCACUAAUCCCUGUUAAUGAUGAACCCACUUAGUUAAAUUGGUGAUAGAGUUGAGAUCAUAGGUCUAUAUUAUUCUAUUCUACAGCACGCCAACCAAGCUGAUCAGUCUGUAUUAACUAUUAAUUACGAUAAGUUGGCAAUAAGCUUUUUAUAAGUUA